CCUGGCUCGGGCAGGUCACACCUGCAGGGCAGCAGCCAUGAGCCUGGUGGCCUGCGAGUGCCCCCCUGGCCCCGGGCAGGAGCCUGAGCCCUGCUCGCGAGCACCGUCCCAGGCCCGCAUGUACCUGGAGCAGAUUCGCAACCGGGUGGCUCCGGGGCCACCUGACGCGACCAAGCGCGACUACCUGGUGGAUGCCGCCACGCAGAUCCGGCUGGCCCUGGAGCGCGAUGUGAGCGAGGACUACGAGGCAGCCUUCAACCACUACCAGAACAGCGUGGACGUCCUGCUGCGAGGCGUGCACGUGGACCCCAACAAGGAGCGAUGCGAGGCUGUAAAGCUGAAAAUCACCAAGUACCUGCGGCGGGCAGAGGAGAUCUUCAACUGCCACCUGCAGAGGACCCUGGGCAGCGGAGCCCUCCCUGGCACGGGUUUCAGCAGCCUGAGGCUCCGGCCCAUCCGCACACUGAGCUCUGCCCUGGAGCAGCUGAGGGGCUGCAGGGUGGUCGGGGUCAUCGAGAAGGUGCAGCUGGUCCAGGACCCAGCGACUGGAGGGACCUUCGUGGUGAAGAGCCUGUCCAGGUGUCACACGGCGAGCCGGGAGCGGCUGACCAUCAUCCCGCACGGUGUCCCCUACAUGACCAAGCUGCUGCGGUACUUUGUCAGCGAGGACUCCAUCUUCCUGCACCUGGAGCACGUGCAAGGAGGCACGCUCUGGUCCCACCUGCUCUCCCAGGCACGCCCCCAACAGUCUGGGCUCGGGUCUGGCUCCAGCCUGGAGAGGAUGAAGGCUCAGCUCAACUCCCGCCUCAGCCUCCACACCCCAACGCCGCUGCCCCCUGGCCACACCCACCUGCAGGACAGAGUGCCGCUGGAGUCUCCUUGGACUUGCUGGAGCCUUGCCCCAGCCAGGGAGGUCCCACCCGUCAGACCCCAGAGAGAGGCCGAAGGUGCACCCUCAGCCAGGACCAGCACUUCCUGCUCCUCGGACCCCCCGAAGGCUCCCGGUGGCCGCCUGCACCUCCAGUCCCGGAGAGGACCUGGCCAGAACUCAGACACUGGGUCCCCUUGGGGGCUCUCUUGGGUUCGCGAGGGGGCAGGCCGGGUGCUGGGGGGCUGUGGCCGCAGCAGAGGUCAGGGCUGCCCCUCAGUGGACAAGGCCAGCCAGGGGUCUGGCGGGGGCGCCUGGAGCGUGAAGGAAGAGCAGGUCAAGCAGUGGGCGGCUGAGACGCUGGUGGCCCUGGAGGCGCUGCAGGAGCAGGGCGUGCCUAAUUUUAGUAGGAAAUUGUCUCCAGGCCUCAGGGAGGCCAUGCUUAGUGAGGCCAGUCAUGUUCGGCUCACGUACUUUGGCCAGUGGUCAGAGGUGGAGCCCCAGUGCUGCCGGGAGGCUGUGGACAACCUCUACAGUGCCCCAGAGGUGGGUGGGAUUUCCGAGCUGACGGAAGCCUGUGACUGGUGGAGCUUUGGGUCUCUGCUGUAUGAACUGCUGACUGGAACGGCCCUAUCCCAGAGCCACCCCUCAGGAAUCCAGCCCCACACCCAGCUCCAGCUGCCUGAGUGGCUCAGUCGCCCAGCAGCCUCCCUGCUGACGGAGCUACUGCAGUUCGAUGCCAGCAGGCGCCUGGGAGCUGGAGGGGGCGGUGUCAACAGACUCAAGUCCCACCCCUUUUUCAGUACCAUCCAGUGGAGCAAGCUGGUGGGCGGCCUCUGCAAAGAAUGCGGGUCAGCUGCCUUUCCUGCUGGGCUCUGCUCCCUCCUGUGGGCUCAAAAGCCAUCAUCGCCGCUGUCCCUAGGAGGUCUCCCCGCCAGCCCUUGGAGGAACCCUUUCUAGUCACUGCGUUUGGGAAGGGACAGGACAGAGCUCACCCUGCUAGGUGGCUUGGGCCCCUCCAUCCACCCAUCAGUCAACAGAGACCUGUUGAGCGCACACCCUGAGCCUUGAACACAGACCUACCCCGUUAAAGGGUGCCUUCUGUCACAUUCGCUCCAAGUACUGACCACCUGCUGAGCCAACCUUGAGGUUUUGUGAUUCGCUACCUGCCAUGUUGUGCCCUACACGGGACAUCUCUGGAGACUUAUCUCAGGAUACUGGUCCACUGGCUUCGUGGACUCAAAUUAGGGCUGCCCUGGCUGAUACCUUAGCCGUGUAAAUAGUGGCCUCUUCUGUCAGACUCCUCCUGCAGGGGGUGGGGAGGCAGGGAAGACGUCUGUAGUGAGCAUGCAGUGAGGUGGGAAACAGGGUGAUCCACUCCCCCUCCUGAGCAUGCCCUGUCUUGCAAUUUCAGACUCUGAAGAGCAAAAGGAAGAGGGGCAUGGGGGAGGAAACAGGGAUUAGGAGGAGGGCAGAGGGCACCUUUGCCAAUUAGAGCAAUUUUAGAAGCAGAAUAAGACCUCCCCUCCCUAGCUAGCCCACUGGGGUGGAAAGGGGAGCGAGCCUGCCCCACAGGUCUGAGAGACCUCAGUUCAGCCUCCAGGCGGAAGCUGCUAAGACAAGCUGGACCCACUAGGAUUCCCUUCUCAGGCAUUGGUCCUGUUUACCAAUUUGCAUUUUAGUCUUGAGGGUCCACUCAAUUCAUUGCCUACUGUGACUUCAUCCCCUUUUGAAAUGAAUCACAACACACAGAAUGAUUGCCCAGGCUUUUAGCCGGAAGCAAGAUGUUUGGUCUCUGAAGAACUGGGAUAAGUAGUUACCCCAAAUACAAUCCCCUCCUCGGGUUUGGGGGCUUUUUCCGCUCAGGACUCACCCUGUCACUGGGGUGUGGCAACUGAAACUGUCACCAGACCUCUGCCCCCAACCCCUUGCCUUGUGUCUGCUAUACCACCAGGUGGCGGCCUUGACACUCAUCUCCAUUCUGAUUGUGAAGGGGCGGGGAACUGGGUUGUGAGGGAGGCUGGAGGUCCUGGUUUCUCUGGGGCAUGUCCAUACCAUCUUGCCCCCAAUAAAGCCUGAUGUUGCCUGUGG